GCCUCGCGAGCCGGAAGUGCCCUUGCAUGUCCUUUCCGGGCCUUUUCAGCGGGCCCUGGCUGCGGCGGCGCAACUUCCUCUCAAGGAUUGUUGACUGCAGUUCCUGUGCGGGCCCGCCGCGGGCGGCACACGCCGAAGUCUAGGGAAGAUGGUGGGUCGGAGCAGCGCAAUCGCCGCCGGCGUGUGCGGGGCCCUCUUCAUCGGGUACUGCAUCUACUUCGACCGCAAGAGGCGAAGUGAUCCCAACUUCAAGAACAGGCUGCGUGAACGUAGAAAGAAACAGAAGCUUGCCAAAGAGAGAGCUGGGCUUUCCAAGUUACCUGACCUUAAAGAUGCUGAAGCUGUUCAAAAAUUCUUCCUUGAAGAAAUACAGCUUGGUGAAGAAUUACUAGCUCAAGGUGAAUAUGAGAAGGGUGUGGACCAUCUGACAAAUGCAAUUGCUGUGUGUGGACAGCCACAGCAGUUGCUGCAGGUGUUACAGCAAACUCUUCCGCCACCGGUGUUUCAGAUGCUUCUCACUAAGCUCCCAACAAUUAGUCAGAGAAUUGUAAGUGCUCAGAGCUUGGCUGAAGAUGAUGUGGAAUGAAAAAUAAAUCUCAACAUAAUAAAAUCUCAUAAAGAUUUUAAAAAUUCUUAGCUUGGAAGUUGAACAGCUGUGGGGGAAUAAGGGCAAAUAUGCUUGUUUAUGUACUGUCCUACACUGAAAUCUACCAAAGUUAAUGUUUACUUUGUGUAGAUCCAUUUGUCUUUUAUUUAUUUUUCCCAUUGAAAAGUGUAUUUUAAUAGAGAGCUGUUCAUUUUAUAAAAACACUAUGAGUUACCAAAAUACGGAUUUUGUUUAUUCCUUAGAUCUGCAGUUAAAAUGUACAUACAACAUUAAAAAACCCAGUGCUUAGUUUU